UCUAUAAGCCAGCAAGAGUGCAAAUGUUAACAUCAGAGCUUUUGUAGAACCCUUAAAGAGAAGGGUUGAUGCACAAGCGAAGCAGAGAGCAAAGUCAUGGAUUGCUUCCUACAUCUGAUUUUCUACUUUCAGCUGGUGCUCUCUGUCACUAUGCUAGAUGUUGCCUCAACUAAAUCAGAUGAGAAAGACUCAUCUUUCCCUUAUGUACCUCCAGAAAGGAACUGGAUUCUUUCUUCUGGUCAUUCUUCCCAUCCAGAAACUCCAUGUAAUUUUGGAUGGAACUGUUCUUGGAUUAUGUCUGCUAAUAGUUUUGGACAACCUGACUGGCUACUAUCUUCAGUUGCUGCUCUGACUUCUCAAGAAGAUCAACACAUUAUGGACAUAAUCUCAUCCAACAGAGAUCUGGAAGGGGAUAUUCUUCUCCUGAAUCCUAGCAGGAUCUCGGAUAGAUGCACAUUCAGCCUCCACAGUCCAAUCCUGCCAUGGAGCUCCAGUUCAUGUCUGUUGGAGCUAGCAGUAUAUUCACAGGGCCUCAGUCUUGCAGGACUCUCUGCUGAAGUGCACUAUGUGGACACAAACCAAAGUAAAGCAGUUCAUCUGCAAGAAGGACACGAGGAGGAUGCCUGGGUAAAAUGGAAAAUUCUAAUAGGCUCAGUUGGACAAAUGGAAAGGCCUUUUGAGAUCACUUUGCUGUAUUCAAGUUGUGAUGAAAAAAAUUCUGGGUUUUUGGCGCUGGGAUCAUUGCAACUUCAAAAUUGCCUUCAUGGUAAAGGUCUUUACAACUUUGAUAAGGGAUCUCCUAUCCCCUGCCCACAUGAGGGCUGUGUCAGCUACCUAGAGGUUUGCAGUUUCAAUUCUGAUUGUCUAACCAAAGAAGAAGAUGAAUCCCUCUGUGAUAGCCUAACAGAGGGGGCACAUUGUUCUUUUGAGGAAGGUGCCUGUGGUUGGACAAUAGAUGGAAAUACAAAUUCUUCCUGGUCUAUUAGUAGUUUUUCAAGGAUGCAUGAAAAUCAGAUUGGAGGAUCUGCCUUACAAGCCACUGGAGGUCAUUUUUUGUAUCUGCAUGUCAAUAGUGAACACACAGAUGGUUUUGCUCGGAUAUACAGCACUGACCUUCCAGCCAUUCUUUCCAAUGGAUCUUAUAAGGUCCAAUUCUCAGCAUAUGUUUUUGGCAAUUACAAUGGCACCAUUUCAUUCACUGUACAAGAAGGUGAAGGAGCAACCAAUGACAGUGCGGCACAACAGAUAUGGGAAAAAUCAGGGAGCUGGAGCGAUCAUUGGUUUCUCAUAAUUUUGGAAAUGCCAAGCCUUCAGAACAGCUUUCAAUUGGAGCUCCUCGCUAAUUGGGGUUGGAAUUCACAAGCCGAUAUUGCUGUGGACAACAUAACUUUUGGCCUGGAUUGCUUCCCUAAUGGAAGAAAACAAAGCCACACUGAUGAAGAACAACACUACUCAUUGGCAAUUGAUAGAUUGGAUGAGCGUCUUUUUAAUCCUUUGGAAGAACCUCUUCUUUUAGGGGAAACUCCUGUUAAUCUCUGGUGGUUUACAGCCUGUGGGGCUAGUGGGCCUCGAGGACCAACACAAGCACAGUGUGAUAGUGCUUACCACACCACCAAUGUUUCAGUGACUGUGGAAAAAGAAGGACAUCUACGAGGAGUACAAAUCUGGAAAGUGCCAGCAUCAAACCGAUAUACGAUUUCAGCCUAUGGAGCAGCUGGAGGGAAAGGAGCCAAGAACCACAACAAACGGUCCCAUGGGAUUUUUAUCUCAGCUAACUUCCAACUGGAAAAAGAUGAGCUCCUCUACAUGUUGGUGGGGCAACAAGGCGAAGAUGCCUGCCUAAGGAUUAACCAUCACACUAAGCAGAUUUGCCUGGGGGAAUCCUCAGAAAUUGAAGAAGAAUACAAAAAAGCGAAGGGACUGACCGAAUGGGCUGGAGGAGGGGGCGGGGGCGGAGGAGCCACCUAUGUGUUUCGACAGAAGGAUGGAGCUUUUGAACCUUUGCUUGUUGCGGCAGGGGGUGGAGGAAAGGCUUAUCUGAAGGCGCAGGAGAGCUCCCUGGACGAUGCGUUCUUGGAACAGUAUGUGAACAGCUCGGCAAUACCUGGGGUCAGUGGAAGAACUGGAGCAGCAGGUGGAGGUGGUGGUUGGGAAGAUAUUACCCAGUUUCCCUGGGCUGGAAAAUCACUUCUGGAAGGUGGAGAAGGUGGUGAGGCCUGCCAACAAGCAUUAGAGAAACUCCAGUGGGCCACUUCUGGUGGUUUUGGUGGUGGAGGAGGAGCUUGUACAUCUGGUGGUGGAGGAGGAGGCUACAAAGGUGGACAUGCUUCUGAAACAGAUGACAUUACAGCUGAUGGGCAGCAUGGUGAAUCCUUUGUGAAUCCAAUUGGGGAGAUCUUCUUGAGCCCUCUGGCAGUUAUGGAAAGUCACGGUGAAGUAGUCAUUGAAGUCUAUGUGAAUUGCAGCCAUUGUCAAUCAGGUAUCUGCAAACAAGAGCCUGGCAGUUACCUACCUGUCUGUAUUUGUUCAGCAGGGGCCAUCUUGGCUAAUGACAACGUUUCCUGCACAGUUAUCCGGGAACCGAUUCCAGAAGAGCACUUGCCUCUCCCAUUCCUCUUGACCGUGAUUUCUGUGAUUGUGGUGCUUGUUAUGAUUCUCACUUGUGGUAGCCUAUCAAUUGUUUAUCAUCGAAAGAAAAAGAUGCUGGAAGGAACCAGAGCCCACCUGCAGAAUCCAGAUUAUAACCUAAGCAAAAUCCGUACUUCUACCAUCAUGACAGAUUAUAACCCCAACUACAGUUUUGCAGGAAAGACGGCCACGCUCAGUGAACUUAAAGAGAUUCCACGAAAGAAUAUUUCUCUACUUCAGGAACUUGGACAUGGGGCAUUUGGUGAAGUUUACAAAGGAACAGUGGUAGGAAUCACAGGAGAUUCCAGUCCUCUACAGGUUGCUAUCAAGACAUUGCCAGAAAUCUCCUCAGAGCAGGAUGAAAUGGAUUUCCUAAUGGAAGCACUGAUAAUCAGUAAGUUCAGUCACCAGAAUAUAGUGCAGUGCAUUGGGGUGAGCCUGCAAACGUUGCCUCGUUUUAUCCUUUUGGAACUGAUGACUGGAGGAGACAUGAAGAGCUUCCUACGGCAGAAUCGGCCUCGGGAGAAUCAGCCAUCUGCUUUGACUAUGCUGGAUUUGCUAAAUAUUGCCAGGGACAUUGCUUGUGGUUGCAAAUAUCUUGAGGAAAACCAUUUCAUUCACCGGGAUAUAGCUGCAAGGAAUUGCCUUUUGACCUGUUCCGGUUCUGGGCGAGUAGCCAAAAUCGGUGACUUCGGAAUGGCCCGAGAUAUCUACAGGGCAAGCUAUUAUCGCAAAGGUGGGCGAGCCAUGCUUCCGGUCAAGUGGAUGCCUCCAGAAGCUUUCCUGGAAGGCAUCUUCACUUCCAAGACAGACACCUGGUCCUUCGGAGUGCUGCUUUGGGAGAUUUUCUCCUUGGGCUAUAUGCCGUAUCCAUGUAAAACCAACCAGGAAGUAUUAGAGUUUGUUACCAGUGGAGGAAGAAUGGACCCUCCCAAGAACUGCCCUGGACCUGUCUAUCGGAUCAUGACACAAUGCUGGCAGCACAGUCCCGAAUACAGACCAAAUUUCUCUACAAUCCUGGAAAGGAUCAAGUACUGCACACAAGACCCUGACGUGAUCCAUACCGAAUUGCCUAUUGAAUGCAGCCCCACACCAGAGGAUGAAGGAAGCACUGUGCUACAUCCAAAUAGCAACACAGGGAUAGUUCCUUUGCUUGGGAAUCAGUGCCCUCAGAUAAGCCACCAAGCAAUUGAAGAACAUGAUUCUGGGAACAAAUAUGGACAAUGUCCCCAAGAGCUAUUAGUGGAGAACCUUAGUAACUGGAGAGCAAGAGGACCAAGCUUACCACGUUUCAACUAUUCCAGCAGUGGGGCUUGGGCUCAACCAGUCUUAAACCAGAAACUGGAUUCCACAAGUCAGCCAGCACAUAAGUUGAAGAACAAAACCAAAAACCUUUGGAACCCAACUUAUGGAUCCUGGGUCAUGGAGAAUAAUUGCCAAUCUAGUCCCAGCUCUAAACUCAACACAAUGCAAGAGCGAGAAGAUUCAGGAUUUGAUGGGAAUUAUAGUCCCUCCCCUAGUUCUCGGGCAUCGCCUUCAUCUCCAAGUCAAAACCAUUCUCCUCACAUUGAUAUUGGUGGGAUUGAACUGGUGAAGCUGCAGAAUUUCCCUUGCGGCAAUGUGAAUUAUGCUUAUGAUGAUCUCUGCUAUGAAAUAGGUCACUCUUCACCUUUGGCUGUAGAGCCAGCCACAGUCAUGAGGAGUGGAAGUCUGCACAGGGAUAGCAAGCUCGUUUUCAAGACAGAGAAAACCUCAAGGGAGAGAGAUUCUGGCCUCUCCUUGUCUGAUGAUCUGAAUGUUACUCCUAUAUAACAGGGGAUGCUGAAGAACCAUAUCUUCAACUUUGGGUACAGCUGCAAGAGCAAUUAAAAUGUCUUCCAUCCUUAUUCUUAAAUUGGGUGGAUUAAUAUCUCUCUCUGGCCUCCUUUCCUAUGAAUGCCCAAUGAAGCAGUUCAAAAUGUAACAUUGGUUCCAAUCUAUUAAAUUUGUGGUUACAGAAAGAAAUGAUGUCCUUGUUACAAUGGUUGAGGGUUUAGUUGGAAGUGGUCAUACCCAAUCGCCUCUAAUAAAAAUUAUCUAUAUCAUAAAACAGAAUAUGUAAAAAAUGGCAAAACCAAUCAUUACCGGUUUAGACCAGUGAUCUGUAAAUUAUUGUACUUUCCAGCUUAUUUAUCAUAAUACUGUAUGGGAAAUUAAAUAUACUUAGUUUACUUAAGGCACUAUUGCCCAAAGUAAAUGGAAAGAAAGAAACUAGAUUAAGAAAGGACAGAAAUUAUCUGUUUUCUGCAGAAAAAGCACAGAAAACAAAUAAAAGGUUUGUAAAGGAGCAAACAAAACUGAAGCCUUCCUUUUCAUUACUGAAAAUGGUUUUGCCUCACAAAGUCCAACUUAGGACUCUGGAUUCAGAAUUAUUCCUCAUUAGUUAUAGCUCAGUGGACUAAAUGCUUUUAAUGGACCUCACAAGGCACCUCUAAUGUACAAGCAGUCUGUGUUCAAUAGUAGCAACUCAAGCUUCAUUAGAGGUCUUUUUUGUACGAAUACACUUAUAAUAAUGUAAACUCUUUGAAAGUGAACCAUAGUUAAGUUAGUUACUUAAAACAGUAUCAACAAAAAAGCAUUUUAAUUUUCAAGACAAUCUUGCCUUAUUAAGUAACAUUUGGUCUCAAAUUUUAUCCUCUAAUAGCUGUUGGUGCUAUUAAGGAAUACAAUUCCAGACCAAGUGCCAGCUACAUUCUUGAAAAUUAAGGAGUUAUGAGUUCAAAUUAUUAGCAAAUUCAGUACAGGGUUGGGGGAGAAAAAAGGAUAUUUAGAAGCAGCAUGUAUUUAUUAGGCAACGUAACUCUUUAAAUCAUAAAUCUUUAUAGAAAAUUCCAUUUUAGCCCAAGUCAUUUCAUGGAUGCAUUUCUGUUUUACACAAGGUAAUUUUGAGUGUGUUUCACUGCAGGGAAGUUAGGCCUGUCAACGGAUUCAGAGGACUGUGUACAGUAUCUUCAUGUACCUGAUGUAUAAACUGGAUAGAUGCUCAAGAGACAUGUUCAAGACUAUAUACGCUAUUCUUUUUUAGAAUCAGUCUUGCUGUAUCUAUUUUAGCUUACACUUCUUCAGCUGAAAGUUAAAGUCUUCAGAAGAUGUUCAGUAUUGUUCUGUUGUUAUCAGUUCUUGAGCUUAGCUAAACUUUUCUCUUGGACUUGGUUUAGUGACCAUGAUUUAGAUAAGAGAUUUCCUGACAUUUUGAUGGCAACUGUAGCUGGGAUUUUCAGAGGGUACACAGACCACAUAGUCUAUGAAAAUAAGUCCAAGUGAAACGUCAGGAAAUCUAUUGUCAAGACCACAGUUACUAAAUCUUGAAACCCAAUAGCGCUCAACAGAUACUGGCUGUAAAAGCUUACACCAGUAUAUUCUUGUCUUAGAGUUUGGUGUAAUGUGCAAAUAGUAAGUAUAUGUUAUGUUUGUAUGUCAUUUUAAUCACAAUAUAAUUACCUGCUUUAUUGGCAGUAAUAGACUUCUUUCCAUGAACUCCCAGAGAUUUUUAAUCCCCAAAACAUCAGAAUCAUGAAGUAGGGCCUAAGUAAUUCAUUGGUUUGGUGCAGCAAGAACAAAACGUUUUCUUGAAAACCAGUGUUAAAACUUUAUUUAGCAAAAUUAAUGAUUAAGGAACAUUUCCCAAAGAUCUUUAAUACCAUUUUAGAAAAAUAAAGUCCUUACUGUUAGUGCACAGUGCUUUUAUUUUGUAUCUCUAUAAUCUAUAUGGCUAUACAGUUUCUCACUGGAUCCUGGUUGCACUUCUUACCUUCUCAUGACUUGUUAGGGCUUGCAGUGCUAUCUUAAUAGUUUACUUUGAUCCAGGCAUGAUUUGAUCUACUAUCCGGUUCUGACGUUCCCUUUCUGCAGUAGCCUAGAGAAGAAUUGCUUAUUACUUCAUCCUUUUCACUUUUGUACCAAGGAUUGGGAUUACCUUUAAGGAUGGGACUGCUGUUUGCCAUCUUAUCCUUUAUGGUCAUGCUUCUAUGCAAUUUUAAAUCAUAUUAAGGUAUACAUCUACAUGCAACAGAGAUAUAAAGGCAGCUUAAUGCAGCUGUUUCAUCUUUAUUAUUCAGAACUAUUUUCCAUGGAUGCUAAUGGAUAAAAUACUCCCCCAUAAUUGUAAUUUCUCAGCAGAUGCAGAGUCAAUUCCAGUUUCAGGUCUGUAGAGGCCUCUGUAUAAUUGAAAGGUACAGUCUGGGUCGGUCACUGGGACCAGAAGUUUAGUCUUCCAAACUUUCGGACUCAUGUUGGAACCCAUCCUCAGAGAACUUCUCUCAUCAGAAUGUGCCACAUGUUGCGGUGAGAAAGAAGUUUCCUGAGGAUUCCAGCACAAGUCCAAAAGCUCAGAAGACCAAACUUCUGGUCCCAGUGUCUGAACCAGAUUGGAUCCUGCAACAUUAUCCUGGGACGCGUAUAUUUGCCUCCAUUAGUAUAAUUAUAAUUAUCUCCCUCCAGCCUCUGAAGAGUUCUUUGGAAGAAAAAUUCUGGUAGCGAUAUAUGUAAAAUCAGAGGAUUAUAAAUGGGAAAAGAGAGGUUGAUUCUUCAUAAAAUUCCAUGCUAAGGCAAGACUAUUGUGCAAUAAAAGCCUUAUUUGGAAUACCCUCCAGUCAUGUUUAGAACAGAAAAACUACAUUACUUAUGGCAUUAAGCUUACAUUAAUUUAAAUGAGAUUCCUCUGGAAUAAACCAAAUUGCUAUUUGGAAAUAGCAAUACCAAUCCCCCUACAAUGCUUGGAACAGCACUAUAUGCUUUCAUUGCUUUUUUCUGAUACAAUAAAAGUAACUGUAAAAAGAUAAAUCCUUUCAGCUGCUUCACUAGAAUAUACUACCUAUAUUUCAGAGUGUACCUUGGCAUUAUGUUAACUGAAGAAUGGGAAUGCUCGGUCACAAAUGUUUAUUACUUGUUUUAAGGGGAAAAAUACCACUCUAUUAUUCACUUCACAUAAUUUCCCAUCACUUUAAAAAGAAAAAAAAUAACAUUAUUGAACUCAUCUUAUUAGCCCUGCCUAUUUUCAAUCAAGAUAGGUGAAUGAGAACUCAGUUCAUCAGUUCAUCAUAGUUUACAUUUUAGAAAAUAUGGGUGAAGCUGUCAACCCUAGGAGGAAGUAAACCAAAACAGGAAGUCAGCUCCACAGGCAGAUUAAAACUACUUUUAUUGAAAUUGCCAUUGUUCUGUACCAGAGGUGGUAUUCAGCAGGUUCUGACCAGUUCUGGAGAACCAGUAGCAGAAAUUUUGAGUAGUUCAGAGAACUGGUAAGUACCACCUCUGACUGGUCCCGCCUCCAUCUAUUCUCUGUCUCCUGAGUCCCAGCUGAUGGGGGGGGGGAAUGGGGAUUUUGCAGUAACCUUCCUGGAGUGGGGAGGGAAUGGAGAUUUUACAGUAUCCUUCCCCUGCCACGCCCACCAAGCCACGCCCACCAAGCCAAGCCACACCCACAGAACCAGUAGUAAAAAAAAUUGAAUCCCACCACUGUUCUGUACCUCCUCCUCUUCCUUAUAGUUCAGCGAAUUAGGAAGGCACAUGCCUGAGCUGCUUCUGAAUGUCAUCCCAACAUGGACUUGAAAAACACUUCAAUCCCUUUUGUCUAGACCAGUCCUUAAACUUUGUUCUCUCAUGACAUCUUCCCACUUUUAAAAAUUAUGAGGAACACCUAAAGACCUUUUGUUUGAAUGGGUUAUAUUUAAAAAUUAGAGUUGAUACAUUCACCGUUGCUAUUACUUCUCACAAUCAUUUGAGAGGGGAUUUUAAUAUUGUACCAUAUUAUUUUUCAACAUAAAACGGCGUAUGAUUUUGACCUUGUGGACGUCUUGGGGACCUCCAGAGGACCUCAUCUUAACAGGCAUUGGCCUAGGCAAUGUACCUUGCAUAUCUCCAUCAGAGACACCUUUGUUUCUCCCUAUGGAUUGACCUAAAGUUUCAGGAUAUCAUUUUUAACUAUGCCAGAAGGGUGGGAGGGAAUUUUUUCUGUUCCAGGCUCAGACUGUUGGGGAGAUACACUGAUAUCUCAGAUUUGCUGUUACCCUCCCACCUCAUUCCAAGAAAGGGAAAUCUGAAUCUCAGCCCAAAAGUAGAUUAAUAGUAAAGCAUAUGCAGUUUGUAACACUCUUCCGAACACCCGCCCCCCACAUUCUUAUUGGGGAAAGGAGGUUUGACCAACUAAUAUGCUGGACUCAAUAUAUAUUCUUUCCCUUGUAAGGAUAAAGAGUGUUGUUUUCAAGAAAAAAAGAGGAAGCAAAACAGAGGAUCUCUCGUGCUUCUGAUAAGAGUUUUAGAACUUCAGGAGUAUCACUUCCUUUUACAGUUCCGUUUCCCACCACUUAUAUCAAUGAUAAUAUAUUCUUCCAUUAAAAAAAUUUUGUACAAUAGCAUCCACUAAUAAUU